CAGGAGCGGGACCUGCAGGAUCCGUGUUCCGCCUGCGGGCUCCCGUCAUGCUGGGCACCGUCAAGAUGGAAGGGCACGAGGCUCCGGACUGGAGCGGAUACUACAGCGAGGAGAUGUACUCUCCAAUGGCAGGCGGUGGGAUGGGUUCUGGUCUCGGAAUGGGCUCCAUGUCAGGCUACAUGUCCAGCAGCGGGACCACGUCAGGCUCCUUCAACAUGUCGUACAGCGGGACCGGUCUGAGCCCCGCCCCGGUGGGGGGGAUGGGAGGCUCAGCUCCAGCGGCCAUGUCAGGUUUGGGCGGGGGCGUGGCCUCGAUGGGCGGGGCUCUGAGCCCGUCCAGUAUGAGCUCGGUGUCAGCCCAACAGGCCUCGAUGGGUCUCAACCCGUACGGGGGCAUGAGUCCCACCAUGAGUCCCGGCAUGACGUAUGGCGGCGGUGGGCUGAACCGCGGCCGCGAAAACAAGGCGUUCAGACGGAGCUACCCGCACGCCAAACCCCCCUACUCCUACAUCUCGCUCAUCACCAUGGCGAUCCAGCAGGCGCCCAGUAAGAUGCUGACGCUCAGCGAGAUCUACCAGUGGAUCAUGGACCUGUUCCCGUACUACCGGCAGAACCAGCAGCGCUGGCAGAACUCCAUCCGGCACUCGCUGUCCUUCAACGACUGCUUCGUGAAGGUGUCGCGCUCGCCGGACAAACCGGGGAAGGGCUCAUACUGGACCCUGCACCCGGACUCCGGGAACAUGUUCGAGAACGGCUGCUACCUGCGGCGCCAGAAGAGGUUCAAGUGCGAGAAGAAAAUGUCGCCGAAGUCCGACGGCAGGAAGGAGCAGGGAGGAGGGGGGGGGGGAGCGUCUCCUUCUGGGGACGCCAUCAAACCUCAAGGACUCCUCGACUCCUCCUCCCUGCCCUCCUCCAGCCAGGCGGCCUCGCCUCCCGGGCUGGACCUGCGGGGAGGCGGGGUGUCGGACCUGAAGGUGUCCGGCUCCCAGCUCCUGUCCUCCCUGUCUUUACCCCCCCACUCCAUGGGGCACGAGUCCCAGCUGCACCUGAAGGGGGACCCGCACUACUCCUUCAACCACCCGUUCUCCAUCAAUAACUUAAUGUCGUCCUCAGAGCAGCAGCACAAACUGGACCUGAAGGCGUACGAGGCGCUGCAGUACUCCUCCUACAGUGCUGGGGGGGCGUCCGGCCUCGGGGGGAGGACCAUGGAGCCUCUGGAGGCCGCCUACUACCAGGGGGUCUAUCCCAGACCGCUCCUCAACACCUCGUAG